AUGACUACACUGAUGAAGGGACAGUUAUUUGAAACUACAGAAUUAAUAAAUCAGACUUCUAACACUGAAUUCAUUCUGCUUGGAUUUGGAAACCAUCAGAUAUUUCAUGUUCCUCUCUACCUGCUCUUCUUCUUCAUCUACAUGGGGACCAUGGCUGGGAACCUACUCAUUAUUCUGCUGGUUGCCCUUGACCAACACCUCCACACUCCCAUGUAUGUAUUCCUUGGGAAUCUUUCAUGCUUGGAGACCUGCUGCAGCUCAAACAUCUUACCACAAAUGUUAUCCAGCUUUCUUACUGGAAGCAAGGUGAUUUCAUUGAGGGCCUGCUUUGUACAGCAUUAUUUGUUUGGAUCUUUGGGAGCUGUGGAAUGUUACCUGUUAUCUGCAAUGUCUUAUGAUCGGUAUUUAGCUAUAUGCAGACCACUCCAUUAUGUCGCCAUGAUGAAUGGCAGAAUGUGUUUCAGACUGAUUGCCAGCUCUUGGAUUACUGGUUUUCUAGCAAGUGCAGUAACCCAAAUUAUCAUGUCCCAAUCAGUGUUUUGUAAUAAUAAAAUAGAUCAUUUCUUCUGUGACACGUUCCCAAUCAUAGAAUCAUUUUGUGGUGACACCCAUGCCUUCAAACUCUACCUUUAUGUUUUAUGUUCUAUAUUUACUUUUCCACCAUCUAUAUUAACCCUAACCUCUUACAUUUUCAUCAUUGUAGCCAUAAUGAGAAUGCCUUCUACUGUAGGGAAACAAAAGGCAUUUUCUACCUGUUCUUCUCACCUCUUGGUAGUCACUAUUUUUUAUGGCACACUGAUCAAUAUCUAUGUGGUACCAAACACCAAUAAACUGAAUGAACUUCGUAAAGUCCUCUCUCUCUUUUAUACUAUCUUCACUCCCAUGUUCAAUCCUAUUAUAUAUACUCUGAGAAAUAAAGAGGUGAAGGAUGCAUUGAGAAGACUGUGCCAUUUUUUGUUCAGAUUUAGAGAAAUAUAA